AUGCCACCGAACAAACCGAAGAAGGUUAUCAAGGCAAAGAAGAUAAAGGAGAUCACACAUGAACCCGUUGUCACAGAACUGAAAAAAGGAAAAGGGUCGAAAGUAGCUGCUCUUCCAGAGAUAGCGAAGAAGACCGCUCCGAAGAAAAAGAUUGUGAAGAACCCCUUGAUCCAGAGCCGACCGAGAAACUUUGGGAUAGGGCAAGCUGUGCAACCCAAGCGUGACCUUUAUCGGUUUGUCAAGUGGCCGAAGUAUGUCGAACUGCAGCGAAAACGGGCUAUACUCAAACGUCGUCUCAAGGUCCCUCCGGCGAUCCACCAGUUUACCCAAACACUUGAUCGCGCGACAGCCAUGCAGGUGUUCAAUCUAGCUGAAAAAUACCAGCCUUUAACUAAAAGGGCUAAGAAAAUGAUGCUCAUCCACAGAGCCCAGUUGCGUGCUGAAGGAAAGGCUGACGAACCGGUCGCGCGGAAGGCAGUCUUGCGCGCUGGUAUCCGUGAGGUUACGUCCGCGAUACAGCAGAAGAAGGCUCGCUUGGUCCUGAUAGCGCAUGACGUAGAGCCAAUCGAGAUCGUGCUUUUCUUACCUGCCCUUUGUCGAAAAAUGGGUGUCCCCUACUGUAUUGUGAAGGGCAAAGCAAAGCUUGGUCUUUUGGUUCAUCGGAAGACGUGCUCUUGCGUAGCAUUCACUAAUGUCAGGGAGGAGGAUAAGUCACGUAUGACAAAGUUGGUUGAGACAGUCAAGAACAAUUACACCUCCAGGUUUGAUGAGAUCCGAAAACAUUGGGGCGGUGGAAUCCUUGGAUCGAAAUCGCAGGCGCGAAUCACCAAACUAGAGAAAGCCAAAGCGAAGGAGCUGCAGAUCAAACUUGGUUGA